CCACCCAUUUGGGUUUUGCCGUUCGCUCUGUGUAUUGGAGGCUCCAGGGCUGCUGGGGAGGAGCGAGGCUCGUCUUUAUCAGUUAGACAGCGCCGCUGCUCGAGCGCUACACUGACCGUCAGCCGCGCGCAAUCACCGUUUGAUCGGGACCCGCGUGGAGUCUCUCUGUUAUCUCGCCGCGUGCCACUGCAGCAUAAGGGCAAGAGGAACUCCUGAGAGGAUCACUUAAUUCAUCUGCACUGACCCUUUAUAGGAGAGAAAAAAAAAAUCAAAACACGGUCUUAACUGACACCUGUCCAAGGAGAUACUUAGUAGAAAACCUGUGCGUGUAUCUCAGUGGAAGAAAGAAGUUUUAACCGUAGGUAACGUUGGACGUUUGCAACCUUGGAACUCGUAGCUGCUGUUUGGUGAGGAUGGGACCGUUGCUCGUCUCCAUCGUUCUCUGCGUGCACCUCGCUAUCCCGCAUCUCGUCAAAGCAGCAGAUGGUGAGGAUUCGACUUCAGCAGGACUCUGCCAUCCAAACCCUUGUCACAAUGGAGGCAUCUGUGAAAUCAGUGAAACGUUCAGGGGCGACACAUUCAUUGGAUACGUCUGCAAGUGCCCAUCAGGCUUUAAUGGAAUCCAUUGCCAACACAAUGUUAAUGAAUGCGAAAGAAGCCCCUGUAGAAACGGAGGGAUCUGCACCGAUCUUGUUGCGAACUAUAGCUGUGAAUGCCCAGGAGAAUAUAUGGGAAGAAACUGCCAGUACAAAUGUUCCGGUCCACUGGGCAUGGAGGGUGGAAUCAUCUCUAACCAGCAGAUAACGGCCUCCUCCACUCACCGAGCUCUCUUCGGCCUCCAGAAAUGGUACCCCUACUUUGCCCGGCUGAAUAAGAAGGGUCUUGUGAACGCCUGGACUGCAGCCGAGAAUGACAGAUGGCCCUGGAUUCAGAUUAACCUACAGAGGAAGAUGCGGGUCACAGGAGUGAUAACCCAAGGUGCCAAACGCAUCGGGAGCCCAGAAUAUGUUAAGUCGUACAAAGUGGCCUACAGUGAUGACGGGAAGACCUGGAGGACAUACAAAGUCAAGGGCACGGAGGAAGAUAUAAUUUUCCGUGGAAAUAUCGAUAACAACACUCCAUUUGCCAACUCUUUCACCCCUCCUAUCGAGGCUCAGUAUGUGCGGAUCUAUCCGCAGGUGUGCAGGAGACACUGCACUCUUCGCAUGGAGCUCCUGGGUUGUGAGCUCACGGGGUGUUCAGAGCCAAUGGGCAUGAAGUCUGGCCAUGUUCAGGACUACCAGAUCACAGCCUCCAGCAUCUUCAGAACUCUUAACAUGGACAUGUUCACCUGGGAGCCUGGGAAAGCAAGACUGGAUAAACAAGGGAAGGUCAAUGCCUGGACGUCUGGACACAGUGAUCAGUCCCAGUGGCUGCAGGUUGACAUGCUUCGGCCAACAAAAAUCACAGGCAUCAUUACCCAGGGGGCUAAAGACUUUGGACAUGUUCAGUUUGUCGGCUCCUACAAGGUGGCUUACAGCAAUAACGGCGAGAGAUGGUUUAUAUAUCAAGACGAAAAACAGAAGACAGACAAGGUCUUUCAAGGAAACUUUGAUAAUGACACCCACAGAAAGAACGUGAUAGAUCCCCCCAUCUAUGCCAGAUUCAUCCGAAUUCUUCCAUGGUCUUGGUACGGAAGAAUCACUUUGCGUGCAGAGUUACUGGGAUGCACAGAGGAAGAGUGAAGACCCCUACUUAAUUUCUCUUUGGUCCAUUUUCAAUAUAAACUGUGCUUGAACAUGUCAAAUUAAAAUUCGUUUCAUCCGAAUUUUCUGAUUUCUCUUUUUAAAUUACAUUUUUUUUUCUUUCCUAAAGAGGUGAGGUUUAGUCAUCUAUCAUGCCCUGAUUGUUUUUCCUUUAUGUGGUCUGUGCCAUUUAGUGAAUAACAUAUAUAUAUAUAUAUAUAUUAUUAAUAGCUAAAUGGAGGGUGGGAUUAUUUCACUGUGGUUUAUGCAGUGGAACAAUAGCCACUUGUACAGUGUCACUUUAAACAGGAACAUAAAAUGACAUGCAAUGCUUUUUGGGCCAUAAAAAAAAAAAAAAAAAAAAAGAUCACAACACAUAGCAGAAAAGACUAACAUUAAUAUGUAAAAUAUGUUUCUACUUUCAUUUUAACAGUUGGCCUGACUGAAGUUAUAUCACAACCAACACUGACAUUGUUGUGUAGACAAAAAUAUGAUGGUAUUGUAUUAUAUGUAAAACGCAAAAUAACUGCAUGAUGCAAAAAUGAGUAGAAGUAUAAGACAACAAGAUGUAUAAGUUCAAAUUAAAGCAUUUCGUAGAUCA